AUGGAUCACGUAUCAACGCUCUGUGCAUUGAGCACUGUCGGAAUAGCUCCUACAGGCCUUGCGCUCGGUCGCGCCGAACGGACACAGCGUCCCAGCCUCUUCCGGCGGAAGACUUUCGCUCAAGACCUCCCAGUCCCACUCGCUCCAGGUUCUGGUAUUACCGAGAAGAAGGUAACUAGAGCUCGACCAAACACCGCUGUCCCGUCUCGAAGUCCAGCAGCCGACUGGCUUGCUGCAAAGGAGGAGGAAAGCUCUCGGGGUCAAGGACCCGAUGCGCGGAAGCCGCCCUUGUCGUUCAGUGGUGCGAGACGUCGCCGUCGUGGUCAAACCCUCACAAACCCACCUGUGCGUAUCCCGGAACAUGGAUCAACAGACUCAUCGGCCGAAACGCACUCUCGGCGGCCUUCAACCGGUUGGCUGCGGCGAUUGUCGAUGGCUUCAUUCCAAACCGAAACACCUACCGCGAACAGUCCCGUAACACCCUCAUUCAAUGGAUCUGCGAGCCCAAUGUUCCCUCUUUCGCCAAAUCAGCGACGGCCACCUAACAAGUUGAUCAAGCGCCCAGCCUCGCAACACACCAAUGCACACCCUCUCGCUCCUAACACUGUGGGUGGUCCGUCACCGUCUGUGCUGCGUAGACCCGCCACCAGUCACCAAAGGUCUGAGUCAAUGAUAUUACAGACGUCGUUGACAUCUGACUUUGAGACAUGUUUCCCGAGGACUGCGGUUGAGACUCCAAAGUUCGAGGAAUUCGAGCUGGAUAAACAGAAGCAGUGGGCGCCAUUCUUCUUUUCCAAGGCUAGCAAGUUGGCAGAGAGGCUUUCGCGCAGGUUCUCAAGUGCAACCGCAUCAAAGGUCCAGAAUGUGCGACAGAUUGUGUCUGACCAGGGCGCUCUUCCUGUGCUGGUUAUGGCUAAUGUCGUCUCGUCCAACUCUGCCACGCCCCGAGAAGAGCGAUCGGUGCCCAGUACUCCGGUUGAGUUCCGCGAUCCGUUCCAAUCAGCUGUCUCUAAGCCUUCACCCGAGCAGCCAAUGGCCCCGGAACAAAUGCCAGAGAAACCUUUUCAUAGGCAAUCGCACUCGGUCAACGAUGUUGAGCCUAAGGUUAUCAUGGCAAACACAGUCACCGCGCACGGGACACCGAUUAUGGGACUCGUUCGCGGUGGUUCCCUGAAGCGUGUUAAAGGAAGGACCUUCUCAGUUCCUCGCUCUGAAGUUUCCAAACAAGAAAAGGAGGUCGUCAGUCCGAGUUCCCCGGAACCCGAUCAACGGCGUAAUAUCACUGAUCCAAGUAUGUUUUGCGCUCCGUAUCCCAAUUCGCAACCUGGUUGGGCUUUAUCAGCGUUGGAAAGACGAUAUCAAGUUGGUCCUAGGUCGGUAUCGCAGGACUAUAGCGUUGGCUUGGGAUCUCGAGCGGGUCUGCGUCAAAUGGCCUCGGAUGCGGUGGCCAUCUCGGCCUGGCAACAGGCAUCGCACCCUGGUAGACCACCUUAUGGCUCUCUUCGCCGCCGGCCCAAGGGAUUUUCAAUCUCAGGUUCCGAUCCGGCUUCCACAAUCAUUGGUUCCGAUGACACUCGGGUCUUUACGUCUUGCGACGAAUAUGAGACGGACAUAGUGUCUGACUAUUGGGACUCUGUGCGCACACGCGAAACCACUAGCAGUGGAUUGAAGGGGUUGCGCAUUGAAACCAUGUUUGACAAAGCAGGCACGAGUUUAGUCAGUGAAGAAGCCACGACCCUCGAGUCUCUCCUUCCGCGGCGCUCGCUUGCUCCUCGGCCUUUGGACAAGGAUCCUCAAUUGUUUACUGGUCCUCUUUUGACCUCCCCUCCUCCGGCUCAGGUCUCCAUGGUAGAGAAUCCGUCGGCUCAUGCUGGCCUGCCUGGUGAAGAUGCUCUCAGUAUGAUUGGAGCACUGCCUGGCGAGGAUCGUGAUUGUUUUCCACCUUCUUUGACGCAGUCAUUGGCUAAAUUUGCUGAACCGCCCGAGUCGCAUCUCGGUUCUCCCAAGGACGUCUCUGGAUCGUUCGUUGGCGUGUCGGAGUUGAAUAUCAACAAAAAGACAAAUAUAUUUGACUGGUCGGAACAAACACGCCCUGAUCGCGAAUCAGCCGAUUGUGAGGCGCGUCCUAGAACCAUGCAAGGGAAACAAGAGGGUGUUGUUGCCAGGAAUAGUCGUGCGGUUUGCCGGAAAGCGCCAUCCACUGUUCACCUUCGAAGCCAGAGCGUUCCAGUUGCCAGUGAAUUCCCCAUCAAUGAGUCGCGUCAAACUUCCGGAAAGUUUGGUACCUGGGGCUUGGGUAGCAAGGGAGUCAGUGAAGACUGGGAUAGCGAUUUUGAUUUUGAGGAGUCGGAUGAGACACCCAUCGCUGAAAACACACAGCUCACAGAGCCUGAUCGGAAUCGCCAGAGCAUGACUGUUCCUAAGGCGAUCCUUGAGCGUCAAGCAAGUUUACGCGGUCAAUUUGGACAGGUCCAAGAAUUGACGCUCCUCGUGGAAGAGCUGAAGCGCCUCAGGCAUCAAGCAAACGUUCUAGGUGUUGUUAACGGACAUUCCAGUGAACUAUGGGUAGAAGCGGAGCAGAUUGUUAACCUUGCGACCAUUGAUGAUGAAGAGGAGCGUCGCUCCCCACCAGGAUCCCCUUCGUCUCUCACGUUCAGCUUUGAUGAAUCUGACGAUGACGGCCUCAAUGCGUCGUCGAAGAGGAACAGUGAGGUUUCGUGGGACGUGCCUCAUAGUGAAGGCACUGAGCCUUCGUUGCCCCUCGCUCACCUUGCAAAGGUCUCACCAAAAUCGAGAUCCGUACUUGAUCUUCUCCAGGCUGGGCGUGAUCAACAAGAGCCCACUUCAGCUCUCGAUGAGUUCGAAUUUUCAUCUCGUGCUAAGAAACUUCCAUUCGAUACUUCCUCAUUGAAGAAUUUGGUUGUUCGUGCUGGUGUUGUGACGCGUGCGUUGAAAGAAGUUAUCCGCAAAGCAGACGGGGUAGCAACCACCCCCCAGGACUUCCCUCAAGACCCGCCAUUCCGACGCAUCUUUGACAAACCAUCUCACGAUGAUAUUGCUAGCUUUGAGGCAGCGCUGGCUGAUAUGUCAUAA